AUGGAAUACAAACUUGAAUUUUUAAGCUAUUUACUUAUUUUUAAAAAAAAGAAUGAAAAGAUAUCAAAAUUUGACGAACAAAUAAAGACAUGUAUUAAUAUAUUUGAAAAGCCAAUAAUAAAUGAAAACGAUUUAAAAUAUCUUUUUGAAAGAAAUAUCUUGGAUAUCAACCCAGGUGUCCGUUCCAUGUGUUGGAAAUUAGCUUUAAAGCAUUUAAGCUUAGAUUCAAAUAAAUGGAAUACAGAAUUAAUUGAAAAAAAAAAAUUAUACGAGGAAUAUAUAAAAUCGUUUGUCAUUAAUCCUUAUUAUUCUUGUGUAGAUAAUAAGAAAAAGGAAUUUGUUAAAGAAAAAGAAAAUAAAACAAAGGAUAAAAAUAUAAAGGAUGAAUAUAUUGAAUACAAUAUUCAUAGAAACAAAACCUAUUAUAAUAAAGAUGAUUCAUUAUUAAAAUUACAAAAUGAAAAUAAUAAUAAACACAUGGAUUAUUUAGAGGAUGAAAAUUAUUCAAGUAUGGAUGAUGAAUGUUCAGAAGAUAACUGGUUACAUUCUGAAUUGUUCAGUCAAAUAAAUAAAGACACGUUUAGAACUCGACCAGAACUUUCCUUUUUUAAUUUAAAUCCACAACAAACUAUUAACAGUAAUAUAAAAAUAUUAAACAGUUUAAUUAGUACCGAAACGUUUGAUGAAGAAGAACAAAAAGAAAAAAAAAAUAAUAAUUUGGAAGAUAUAGAAGGAGAACAUAUUCCUUACUUGGUAAAUAUAAACAAUGUGAAUAAUUUUAAUAAUAAUGAAACAAUUAAGUUUUAUAAUAAAAUAAUAGAGAACAAAAAUGAUACUCAUGAUAAAAAAGUGGAGAGGAGUCAAUUAAAAAAUGACAAAAAAGAAAAUUCCAGUGAUAAUAAAAGUAAAUGUGUUGACGAUGAUAAAAAUGUAUAUGUUGAUAAGGAUAAAAAUAUAUAUGUUCAUAAGGAUAAAAAUAUAUAUGUUGAUAAGGAUAAAAAUAUAUGUGAUAAUAAUGAUAAACAUAUAUAUGUUAAUAAUGAUAAAAAUAUAUAUGAUAAUAAUGAUAAAAAUAUAUAUGAUAAUAAUGAUAAAAGUACAUAUCUUCAUAAUAAUUUACCAAACGAAGAAACCAAAAGCAACAAGAACCUAUUUCCACAACAAUAUAAAAAUAAAAAUGUCUAUAAAAAUGAUAGGCAUACUUUUUCAGAAGUAUGUGAUAUAAUAAAACCAAAAAGACAUUACGAUUUGUUAUGCAGGAUUUUAUUUAUCUAUGCUAAAAUUCAUCCUUAUGUUAAAUAUGUUCAGGGUAUGAAUGAAAUAUUAGCCCCAUUGUAUUUUAUUAUAUUUAAUGAUCCUUUAUGUAAUUGUUCUUUACAAGGAGAAGCAGAUACUUUUUUUUGUUUUCUUGAAUUAAUGCAAAGACAGAAAGAUGUUUUUUGUGAAGGUCUAGAUAAUACAGAUGAUGGUAUUAAUGGCAAGUUAAAAAAGUUUUCCCUUUUAUUAAAAAUAAAAGAAUAUGAAAUAUGGAAAAAAUUAUAUAUUUUAAAAAUAGAAACUCAAUAUUAUGCCUUAAAAUGGAUAUUGUUAUUAUUAACACAAGAAUUUGAUAUGGCUGAUACUAUAAUAUUAUAUGAUCAUUUUAUUAUUAAUAAUAAUGAAAAUUUUAUUUUAUAUAUAUGUUUAGUUAUAUGUAGUAAAUUAAAAAAUUCUUUAUUAUGUGGUAAUUUUACGGUGAACCUAAAAUUAUUACAAAAUAUUCCUCCUUUUGAUCCAUAUGAUAUAAUAAAUGAAGCAAAAUAUUUAAUGAAUUCAGAUAUCAAAAAUAAUAUUAAUAUAACCGAUAUAUAUAAUGAAUAUAUUAGCCAAAAGAAAAGGAAUAAUGCUUUACAAAAUAUUAAAUAUGAUGAAUCUUCUCUUGAAGUAUUAAAUGAAAUUCAAACGACAUCAGACCAAAAUGAUAGCACAUUAAAUAGAACAGCAAACCUUAUUAGUAAUAUAAAAAAUAAAUUUAUUGUUCAAAAUAUUAAAAAUUACAUUACUAAGAAGAAAAUUGAUCUGGCCAAACGGUUUGAUGAAAAUAUCGAUGAAGAAUAA